CUUCAGAAAGAUUUAGCAGUCUUUUCUUAUGAUGACCUGGUCGAGAGAGUACGAUACAUCGGUGUAAAAGAUUGAGUUGGAUCUGUGAGGUUGCUUAUAGUAAGGCCUGGUUGGAAAGUGUUCUUGCCUCUAUCAUUAGCUCGGGUAACGGAAGUUCGCUGGGACUUCUUUGUACCGCCCUUAGGAGUACGAAAGAAGAAUGGAUCCAAUACCAAGAUGACUACCCCCGGCAAGCUACUCUCGCCCACUUCAUCUAUUCUAACAAUGCUUUCUCAAGUAAGUAAUCCAACUUCUUCUUCCUUGUCUAUCUUCUUUUCAAUCAGUAAAUAAUGGGAUUAGAGGGUAUCUAGAAUCCCUUGUACCGAGCUAUCUUGCCUUUCUAAUCUCAUAAGUUUUAUUCUUACAACUAUCUUUUUGAAGCAGAUAGUUUACAGUGCUCAUUCUAUAGAAACUGGAAAAGCCAACUCAUGUUUCCACUCCAUUUUCAUUAUGAAAAUGUGUCACGUCAGGAUCCGUUGCUCAAACCGAAUCACACCAACGUUAUGGAAGUUCUUGGAUCGUGUAAAAUAAGAGUAGUACCAAAGGCAGCACCUUCUGCUUUAAUAAUAAAAAAUGGAAAAUUGGCUAUGGAGAUUCCGCGCGGUCAGAAAUUAAUACAGACACAAAGGGCUUCGACAGGAAAGUCGUUUCGAUCCAAUCCAUUCUUGGGGUCAAAUAAAGACAAAAAGGGAUAUGUCAGUGACCUAGCACGACAAAGCACUCUCCGAGGGCAUGGAAUGUAUAAUUUUUUGGUCAGAAUCUCCACAGUAAUGUCUCUGUUAGAUUCUCCAGUCGAAAUAAAGGAAAACUCCAUUCAAUUCUCGAUGGAAACGGAGUUUUGCGAAUUCUCCCCGGAACUGGAAGAUCAUUUCGAGAUCUUCGAACAUAUUCGAGGGUUCAAUGUGACAAUUGUCACUUCGGCCAACACACAAGAUGAGACUUUACCACCGUAGAGCGACUUUUUGCAAAAAGAUGAGGGGGAAACUCAGUAAGAUGUCGGAGAAGCGAAAUAUACGAGAUCACAAACGUAGAUUGCUCGCGGCUAAAUAUGAAUUGAGACGAAAGCUUUAUAAAGCCUUUUGUAAAGAUCCCGAUCUUCCUAGUGAUAUGCGAGACAAACAUCGUUAUAAGUUGUCCAAGUUCCAAGAAAUAGUUCCUUUGCACGAGUAAGAAACCGAUGUAUUUUCACGGGUCGCCCUCGUUCCGUAUAUGAGUUCUUUCGAAUUUCUCGUAUCGUUUUUCGUGGAUUAGUAUCUCGAGGUCCUUUGAUGGGCAUAAAGAAAUCGUCUUGGUAGCAACCACCAAACCAAUAGAACAAGGGUUAGCUCUGCAGUUGGUCUACAAGCAAGGUAAGUAGGUCCAUUACUGGCCGGCUCCGGACCGAAAAGACCUAACGGAGUAAUCCCUUAUCUCGGAUCGGAAAUGCUAACUGGGCAGGAAUCGAAGUGGGGGAUCUCUUUACCGCCUGUGUCUAUCUCCUGCCAAGUAUGCUCCCCAGACAUAGACUACGUACAGGGUAGUACUCUUGGAAAGAUAGAAUAUCCCCGUGUGAACAUAACAUUAAGUUACGAAUGCAACUCCUGAGGGAUCUACCACUAUUCUAAAUAUAGUAAGGCGGAGAACUGUUGUUCAUUGGAGCACCGGAGUGCAGGGGUUGUUUCCAUCAUUGAAGUCAGAGUCUGGGACUGAGCCUUCCGA